AGUUUCUUGUUUACUCAUAUACAUAUGUAGAUGCUUGGAGAGUUGAGUUUAAUCAAAAUCAAAUUAAUUAGCGGUUUUGUUAAAACGUUAACAGCUGUAAUGUGAAAAAUAAAUUGAGAACCAUUCAUUUGUGAAGCACGCCUAUACAUAUACAUUUUAAUAUCGGAGAUCUUAAUUCUUAGGUUUAUAUACAUACAAACAAUGGGCAAUUGCUUAAAGAUAAAUGGUUCUGACGAUAUAUCACUACUUCGGGGCAACAACGAUACUAUUAGUAUACAGGAACACAAUGGGACACUUUCAAUAUAUCAGAAUGAACCAUUGCCGCAAGUAUUCUAUCCAGCGUCGUCUCCAGAUAGUCGAUCCGUCGAUACCACCAACCAAAUGGAAGAUCACAUUAAAAUAGCGAAACGCAUUGGCCUUGUUCAGCACCUACCGAUUGGCACUUAUGAUGGCAACGCGAAAAAGGCACGGGAGUGUGUUAUUUGUAUGGUUGAAUUUUGCGUAGACGAGGCUGUUCGCUAUUUACCAUGCAUGCACAUUUAUCAUGUUCAUUGCAUUGACGAUUGGCUGAUGCGAAGUCUUACUUGUCCCAGCUGCUUGGAGCCUGUCGAUGCGGCAUUGUUAACGAGCUAUGAAACUACAUAGCCAACAACAAGUGUGUUUUUGUAACAGCAGAAAGACUUCCUGCUUUUACAAAAUAUGCAAUUACUAAAAAUCAUUUUGUAUUGUUCUCCAAUCAUCUAAACACCUGAUUGUUUUCCAAUGUUCUAAACACCUGGUCACAUUUUAACAUGUUCGAAUUAAUUUAAUUUGACUUUAAAUUAAAUACUUCAUACCAACUUGUAUCUACUAUAUUAGAUAAUAUAUACAUAUAUUGUACUGUACAUAAACUUCAGAAAUGUAAAAAAUUGAAUCAUAGAUGAUAAUCUGUAUUUGUAUCUAGCAUAAUAAUAG